AGGACUUGUGUAAUUCGGUUCUCGCUUCCUUGUCUCGCUCUCCAGGCUCGGAGAAGACCUUGCCAAGGUACUCCAGUAGCAGUGGGUUGGAAUCGACGAGAAUUCUGUUCCGACUGGGGGUGUUGACUUCAUUAAGGUAUUUCCCUAAUAUCAAUUUUGAACCUUCAGGGACCACACUUGGUUCGAAAAAGAGAACCUGCUGAAACUUCUUCGAUGUGCGCACAGCUUCGUUCCAACUAUUCCUUAUGCGAGGGGCCACACACAGAAGGAAUUUCAUAUCAGUAUAUGAAAGGAUUUCCGCAACGAUCUUAGUGUUGUCGAGUGCUGUGUAACUUGGUAUGUUGGUUUUGUUUUGUUUUUCUCGACCGAAGCAUAUUGACUUGACCUAUACAACACUAAAAAUAUCCCAUGUAGAAUGGGGUAUUUAUUUGCGAGUUUAUCAUGACCCAUCGAUACUUGCCCACCAGGCUGAUUCGUCAGUCCGUUGUCAGGAAGCUCGUUCGUAUGACCGACGACAAUCAUAGUCAACAUGGCUGUUAUUAGCCUCGAAGCAUCUCUUGCUAUCAUUGCCAUGGCCCAUGAUGAGUUCCAACUCAAACCUCAUCACCAUCCCGAUACAAAUCACAAAGUUUUCACCAUGGGUGGCGAUCUCAACUUGAAAAAGAGCUGGAACCCCGUUCUGCAAAAGAACCAGGAGAGAACAUGGCUCGCCGAAAAGAAAGCGCUCGAAGAGCGCAAACGCAUCGACCAAAUGAUGCGCGAGCGACAGGAAGAACGACAAAUGCUCGAAAUCCAACAACUACAAGAAGCCGCCGGCGGCAAAAAACGUCUUAAUCGGGUGGAUUGGAUGUAUUCGGGCCCCUCCAGCGGUCAACUUGGAACAACCGAGGAAAUGGAAGGGUAUCUAUUGGGUAAACGACGAAUUGAUGGGCUGAUUAAGGGAUCGGAGAAUCAGAAACUGGAAAAGUCAGCCGCGGAGGACUCGUUUAUGGCUGUUCAGAAAGCGAAUACGGCGAGAGAUACAGCGGCGAAGAUUAGGGAAGAUCCUAUGUUGGCUAUUAAGAAACAAGAGCAGGCCGCAUAUGAAGCGAUGAUGAACGAUCCGGUGCGAAGGAGACAGUUGAUGCAGGCCGCAGGAAAGGAUAGUGGAUCUGCAGAAAAGGAGCGCAGACAUCAUCGUCAUAGACAUCGACACCGAGAUGAUGAAGAAAGACAUUCACGACAUCGUUCAGGAAGACACGACUAUGAUGAUGACGAUCGCAAGCAUAGGCGACGACGCGACGAUAGAGUAUCUGGGCCUCGGUCUCAGUCGCCUGUUAGACAUUCUCGAUCUCGAAGAUCUCCCUCUCCAUCUAGACACACAUCUCGUCGUUCGCGAUCGCCUUAUCGUCGCGAUCACCGUGAACACCGCGAAAGGUCAUAUUCCCCACGAUCGCGCCGUCGCGAUUGCUCUCCCCGGCAGGACUGGGACAAAGAUCAUGAUCGAAACGAUAGGCGACAGACAUGGCACCACAAUCCACGCCCUGCACCUCCACCACGACGCGAAACACAAGCCUCAUCCAAAUCUGCUGAAGAAGAGCGAGCAGCCAAAUUAGCGGCAAUGCAAGAGAAUGCGAACGAAUUAGACAAAAUGCGAGCAGAACGGAUAGCAGCUGCCGAUGCGCGUGAAAAAGCUGAGCGUGAAGCUGACGAGGCAGCCCGCGCUCGAACGAGCAAAGAUGGUGGGAAGGGAGCUUUCUUGUCGAGUAUUAACAAACGGGCUGGAGAAUUGGAUCUAUCUGAGCGGCUUCAACGGGGACGACGAAAUGUUGAGAAAGAGCAGGAAGCUUAUUAA